AGUGCCACCUGUCAGUGCCACAUGCCAGUGCCACAUCAAUGCCACCCAUCAGUGCCAGUCAGUGCCACCUAUCAGUUCCAGUCAGUGCCUCCUAUCCGUGUCAUGUAUCAGUGCUGCCUUUCAGUGCCCAUCAGUGAUGCCUGUCAAUGCCCAUCAGUGCAACCUACCAGUGCCACCUAUCAGUGCCCAUCACUGCAGCCUCAUUAACGCACAUCAUUGAAGGAGAAAAAUCACUUAUUUACAAAAUUGUAUAACAAAAACGAAGAAAACUUUUUUCAAAAUUUU